AUGCCUUACAAAGUUGCAACUAAUCGCUCUUUUCAAUCUGAGUUUGGUAUUCAGAGCCUAGGAAGUGACGAUGAACGUAACCCGAGUCAUGCACAAAACCAAGAUUCCGAUCGAUGGAGCAAUCAAAGUCCAAGAUCACAACAAACCCAAUGGGAUUACCAUCAUCAAUCAGAAGACAGUAAUGAGGACUUCAUUAUACCACGCCUCAGUCUACCACACCAUGAUUCUCGUGCAAACCUUGGAUAUCUGAAGAUUAUCAUUUGCGGUGAUUCCGGUGUUGGCAAGUCUGCUUUGAUUCAGGCCUUAUUGAGCUCUCCAGAAGUAUUGUUGGUUUGUGAUUCGUCUGUCAAAAGCUCUAUGAGUCUAUCGUCUACACUGGGAGCUGAAGAUGGGGAGAAGUAUGUAUCUGAGUACGUGGCUAGUACCAUGCAAUGUUCAGAGUGGAAGAGAACUUCUGCAAGAGAUAGACACCGAGCGCAUGAUGAUAAAAUAUACCACAAGAAUCUAUGUCUCGUAGAUACCCCUGGUUACGGUUCUAGUAUUCAUGCCAAUGAUGUGAUAAAGCCUGUAGUGAACUACAUUGAAAAGCAGUUCCUUAGGACCCGGUCACUUCUUAAUCCCACCCUGACUGAUGUGGAUGAUAUUUGUCAUUUGGUCAAUAACCCUAAUGGCGCGCACUCACACAUUGAUUGCUGCCUUUAUCUUACUUUGGGCCAUCUGAAAAAUGUCGAUAUUGAAUACAUCCGUGCACUUCAGCCUUUUUGUAAUAUCGUUCCUGUUAUUGUUAAGUCAGAUCUUUUACAGCCGGAAGAUGAAAAGAAGCUGCGGGCCGGUGUACUCCAGACACUUAAACACCACAACAUCAACUUCUUUGACUUUGGAUAUAGCUUUGAAGAUCUGUUACAGAAUGUCUUUAAAUCUGAUUUUUCUACUCCCCCUUUUACUCUCUCUAACCUCACGCGUCUUAAUUGGGCUGCCACCGAAAACACCAGCGUGAUAUCUUCUCGUGAUGGUGUCAAUAGUGACGAAGACAGUAGAAUAUCUGCUGACGUGCGGCAAUUAAACCAUCUCAAGGAUUGUCUGUUUUACAACAAAACAAACGCCUUACGGUUUGACACAGCUUCAAAAUUUGCAACUUGGAAUCAAAAACAAGUGCCACAUAUUGACCAAUAUGACUUUCCCCCUUCCCCCCGUGCUUCAAAUCGGGUGAAAGAAUUCUAUGCCAUGCAGUCAAAGGACCUCAAGAGUAUUGAGCUUCACAUUGCUCAUUAUGUGAGUGAAAGACGCCAAGACAUGGAACGAGAAAUGCUUGGACGAGAGCAGAUUCUUCGACGAGAUCUCAAGUUGGCUAACGAUGCUAAACGAGCUGAAAUUGUUAUGAGGGAACUUGGUGGUCUAUUACAUAUUAAUCCAGGUUCUCUUUCUUACAGCCCUUCGAAGAGAACAUGGCUGUCUAAGUACAGCUUUUGGGCAGUACUCAUGGGUGCGAUUUCAAUUAUUGCUGUUAUGGUACUCAAUUCUAUAUUUAAAGGCUGUCUUUCUCGUUAA